GAAACCUCCUGUAACCAAUGGAGCAGCGACCCUUCGGUGACUUACUGCGACGACUUCUGCACGACGUUACAUGAUGCAACAUCCGAGUUGAGGAAGUCGCGGCGGCACGUUGCGGGUGGUAAGGCGGCUGCUUGUUGGAGGUGAUGUCCUUGGAGGUGACCAGGGCAACCGCGGGGAUGGUGCUUGCAGAGCUUUAUGUCUCGGACCGAGAGGGAAGUGAUGCUACUGGUGAUGGAACCAAGGAGAAACCUUUUAAAACAGGUCUUAAGGCUUUGAUGACAGCUGGAAAAGAACCUUUUCCUACCAUUUACGUAGAUUCACAAAAAGAAAAUGAGAGGUGGGAUGUUAUUUCUAAAUCACAGAUGAAGAACAUUAGAAAAAUGUGGCACAGGGAACAGAUGAAGAGUGAAUCCCGAGAAAAGAAAGAGGCGGAAGACAAUCUGCGAAGAGAGAAGAACCUGGAAGAAGCAAAGAAGAUUACCAUAAAAAAUGAUGCAAGUCUCCCAGAGCCAAAAUGUGUGAAGAUUUGUGCAUUAGAAGGGUAUCGAGGUCAAAGAGUGAAGGUAUUUGGCUGGGUCCACAGGCUGCGUAGGCAAGGAAAGAAUUUAAUGUUUCUUGUGUUGCGAGAUGGUACAGGUUAUCUUCAGUGCGUCUUGUCAGAUGAUCUGUGUCAGUGUUACAAUGGAGUAGUCUUGUCCACUGAGAGUAGUGUUGCAGUGUAUGGCAUGCUAAAGCUCACCCCAAAGGGCAAGCAGGCUCCAGGGGGCCAUGAGCUGAGUUGUGACUUCUGGGAACUGAUUGGAUUGGCCCCUGCUGGAGGUGCUGAUAACUUGAUCAAUGAGGAGUCUGAUGUUGACGUCCAGCUCAACAACAGACACAUGAUGAUCCGGGGAGAAAACAUGUCCAAAAUCCUAAAAGCACGUUCCGUGAUCACCAGGUGCUUUAGAGAGCACUUCUUCGAUAGGGGGUACUACGAAGUCACUCCUCCAACAUUAGUGCAAACACAGGUGGAAGGCGGGGCCACACUCUUCAAGCUGGAUUAUUUUGGAGAAGAGGCAUACCUGACACAGUCCUCUCAGCUGUACCUGGAGACCUGCAUUCCAGCUCUGGGAGAUGUUUUUUGUAUCGCACAGUCAUACAGGGCAGAACAGUCCAGAACACGAAGGCAUCUGGCUGAAUACACUCACGUGGAAGCAGAGUGCCCUUUCCUGACCUUUGAGGAGCUCCUGAACCGAUUGGAGGACUUGGUUUGUGACGUGGUAGAAAGAGUCAUGAAAUCGUCCGCAGCAGGCAUAGUGCGAGAGCUCAACCCGAACUUCAAGCCCCCCAAACGGCCUUUCAGACGGAUGAACUAUUCAGAUGCUAUUGUGUGGCUAAAAGAACACAAUAUAAAGAAAGAAGAUGGAACUUUCUACGAAUUUGGAGAGGAUAUCCCAGAAGCUCCUGAGAGACUCAUGACGGAUACCAUUAAUGAGCCGAUCCUGCUGUGUCGGUUUCCCGUGGAGAUCAAGUCCUUCUACAUGCAGCGGUGUCCCGAGGAUUCUCGCCUCACCGAAUCUGUUGACGUGUUGAUGCCCAAUGUUGGUGAGAUUGUGGGAGGCUCAAUGCGUAUCUGGGAUAAUGAAGAAUUACUGGCAGGUUAUAAAAGAGAAGAAAUUGACCCCACUCCCUAUUACUGGUAUACAGAUCAGCGAAAAUAUGGCACCUGUCCACAUGGAGGGUAUGGCCUGGGCUUAGAACGAUUCCUAACCUGGAUUCUGGAUAGGUAUCACAUCCGAGAUGUAUGCUUAUACCCUCGAUUUGUCCAGCGCUGCAAGCCGUAACCAGCUCCCCCUGAGACAUUAAGAGAAGAACACAGUUGAUGGAAGGAACAAACUGCCUCUUUAAACAAAAACAAAAAGCCAAAAUCUUCCCCUUUUUAUUCCACCGAGUUAUAUCCAUUUCUGUUUUCCCUUUGUUUUUUCUUCCUGCUACCACGAAAAGCAAUCCAAAUCAUUGGAAUAUCAGGUGACGUUGAUGUCCGUUUAAGAAAAAAUACCCAUAACAAAGUUUGGGGGAAAUAUGUGGCAUGUAGCUCUGCCGUUAUGAAUACGUUUCAACAUUUUAUCCAGUUUUAGGUUAUAAUCUUUGUCAUACAUACCACAUCUAUAAUUAAAUAGUUUUCAAUUACAGUCUGAGACAUUCCAGUAACUUAAUCUUUCUGCCCUUUUAAGUGUAACUGGAAUUCUUUAACUUUAUCAUUUUAUUGUAUCAGUGAGUCAAAACAAACACUUUGGGGAAAAAUUGACACUAUGCUGUAAAAAUCUGCUAGUAUUAGGACAGACUAUAAAUCAUUAGUAAAUCAUGCUGGAAUGAAAUGAAUACAGUCUUUCACAUCAAUUGAUGUCUUUUCUAAAUCUGAUGGCCACUUAUAAUUCCAAGACACAUGAAUUGAUUUGGAAGAAUUUGUAAAAAUAUAAUCGCCUUGAACAAUUUGAGAGCAAAUUUUUGGUUUUUGGUACUUCAUCGAACAGCAUUUUUCCUGGCAUUAGUUUAGGCUAGAGAGGCAGAGUGAUCCUCACUCUUCCCUGGUAGUUCCUAAGUAAUUAAGAAUAAAUAAGUUCCAAAAGUAUUUGCAGCUGGAGUCUUAAUGUCAACUGUACAUGGCUGUUUGAGUCACCCCACACAGUGUCUUUAGAGCUAAUCUCUGCUACCUUUUUAACUCUCAGGCUUUUUGAAUGGCUUCAUUUCAGAUUUGAUUAAUUUCUCCCCCAAAAUGCAUGUCAUGUAUUCUCAAUAGGCUGAUUCCCAGCAAUCAAUAAAUGAACACACAUAAAAACUC